CAGCUUUCCCUAAACUCCCUCGCCAACUCUUCUUUUGAGCUCCAACUAAACGGCGACGGAUUGUCUGCAAUCGAUCGCCGGAAAUUAGGAAGAGAAGAUGUCGGCGCCGGAAGCUCCGGUUAAGUAUGUCGGUAUCCUCAAGGAAUCCGCCGCCUUCCGGCUUAUGAAAUCGAUGGGCUGGGAAGAAGGAGAAGGACUUGGUAAAGAUAAGCAAGGGAUCAAAGGCUAUGUAAGAGUGAAGAACAAGCAAGAUACAACUGGUGUUGGUGUUGAUAAGCCGAAUCCAUGGGCAUUUGAUACAACUCAGUUCGAUAACAUUCUCAAGAAAUUGAAAGUGCAAGCAGCACCUACCAAGACUAGCAAGAAUGAUGAUGAUUCAGAGAAGGAAGCGGAAAGUGAAGACGAUGCUUCCAAAUCUGAGCCUGCCAAGUCUAAGACCGUUGCAAAAGUCACUCGUCCACAAGGAAGGUAUCAACGUAGAGAGAAAGGGAAGCGUGUCAAUUCAUACUCGUCUAAAGAUCUUGAAGGAAUAUUGGUUAAGCGAACUGAGGAACCGUCUCCUGUGGUUUGUGACAUAGCCGAUACUAUGGAGAUUGAAAUUAUAUCUGAGGACCAAGAUGCUAGUGUUAAAGAACAGAAAAUCGAAGAACCUUCUUCAGACUGGUGGGGAUUUAAAUCUGGGUUUGUCUCAGGCGGUCUUCUUGGUGCCAAGUCUGGCAAAAAGAAAUCAUCGAAGACUAAUGAGAGAAGAAUGUUUUGUGAGGACGAUCAAGAGAAUCUCUACAACUUGGUUCAGGAUAAAGCCACGGCUGGAAAACAAGGACUGGGUAUCAAAGACCGACCGAAGAAAAUAGCCGGUGUUCGUUACCAAGGGAAGAAGACGUCCUUUGAUAACAGUGAUGAUGAUGAUGAUGAGGAAGAGGAAGAAGACGAGAAUGAGGAAGAUAGUGAAGACAGCUCUCUUGUCCAAAAUACUCUCCCAGCAAAAAGGAAGCACGAUGAAAUCAUUGAACCCAAAAUCAAGUUAAAGAAACUGUGCAAGGAGAUUCUUAGGAAGGAUGCUGGUCGUGGUGGAUCUAUGAAGAUGAAACAGCUUAAAUCUCUAAUUGAUGAACAAGCACCAUCAGUUCUCUCAGAAUUCUCUUCAAGCAAAGAUGCUAUUGCUUACUUGAAACUUAAGCUGGAGCGAAGUGGGAAGUUUGUUGUGGAGGGAAAGAAGAUCAGUCUCGUAUCAAAAAAGAAGUGAGAACUAUAUUUGUUGGAACUAUCAUUAUUCCUGAAUAGGACAGUGGAGAUUAGGACAAGUUUUGUUACUAAAUCAUCACCAUUCCGUAUGUAUAACAAAGAUAAUCCUUAUCAUUCGGAAAUUUUGAUUUGUUUGUAAUCUAUUUAUACAUUCUAUGAAUUUUCAUAAAACUUCACGUAAUCGCUUUCAUAUAAUAAUCGAUUUGAAA